GCAUCGCGAUCUAUCUAUCUAUCGUGAGGCGGUUCGACGGUUCCUGCACAUUUUACAACCCUAGUUUGUUGGGGGUUGUCUGGAGGGGCGAUCGAUUCCCAUCGAUCCAAGGGCAGAGAGAGAGAAGAGAGAGAGAGAGAGAGAGGGGUGGGAGGAAUGGGGGACUACCGUGGGCUCAACGUGCGGCGGGACCGAGGCGGGUGCUGCCCGCCGAUGGAUCUGAUGCGGUCGGAGGCGAUGCAGCUGGUUCGGAUCAUCGUCCCCGUCGAGUCCGCCCACCUUACCCUCUCCUACCUCGGCGACCUCGGCCUUUUCCAAUUCAAAGAUCUUAAUGCAGAUAAAAGUCCUUUCCAGCGGACAUAUGCUAACCAGAUCAAAAGAUGUGGUGAAAUGGCACGGAAGUUAAGAUUGUUUAAAGAACAAAUGGCAAAGGCAGGUAUAUCACAUUCAGAAAUGGCAAUGACACAAACUCGUAUUGAUUUUGAUGAAAUGGAGAUAAAACUCGGAGAACUUGAGGCUGAGCUAAUUGAAGUUAAUUCAAACAAUGAGAAGCUGCAAAGAUCUUAUAAUGAAUUACUGGAGUACAUGUUAGUUCUCAAAAAGGCUGGUGAGUUUUUCUACUCAGCCCAAAGUAGUGCUACAGCCCAGCAAAGAGAAAUCGAGGCACGUCAAACUGGAGAUGGUUCUCUUGAUAGCCCUUUGUUGUUGGAACAAGAGAUGCUUACAGAUCCAGCAAAGCAAGUAAAGCUUGGCUUUGUUAGUGGACUUGUGCCCAAGGAGAAGGCAAUGGCUUUUGAAAGAAUUUUGUUUCGUGCUACUAGGGGCAACAUGUAUCUAAGACAAGCUGCAGUUGAUGAUCCUGUUAUUGACCCAAUUUCAGGAGAAAAGAUUGCCAAAAAUGUAUUUGUUGUCUUCUACUCUGGGGAAAGAGCAAAGACCAAAAUUCUAAAGAUAUGUGAGGCUUUCGGAGCAAAUCGAUAUCCAUUUACAGAUGACAUAGGAAAACAAAUGCAGAUGAUAUCUGAGGUUUCUGGGAAAAUCACUGAGCUGAAGACAACUAUAGAUCUUGGGAUGCUUCAUCGUGAUAACAUACUGAAAAAUAUUAGCUAUCAAUUUGAGCAGUGGAAUAACUUGGUAAGGACAGAGAAAGCUAUUUAUCACACUCUAAACAUGCUCAGCCUUGAUGUGACAAAGAAAUGUUUAGUUGCUGAGGGUUGGAGCCCUGUUUUUGCAACAAGUCAGAUUCAAGAUGCAUUGCAGCGAGCUACAUAUGAUAGCAACUCCCAAGUCGGUUCCAUUUUCCAGGUUCUCCAUACAAAAGAAUCUCCACCUACUUACUUCCAGACAAACAAAUUUACUUCUGCUUUUCAAGAAAUUGUUGAUGCUUAUGGGAUUGCUAAAUACCAAGAGGCAAAUCCUGGUGUCUACACUAUUGUUACAUUUCCUUUCUUGUUUGCGGUCAUGUUUGGUGACUGGGGUCAUGGUAUGUGCUUAUUACUUGCAACGUUGAUGCUUAUAUUCCGAGAAAAGAAACUAUCUUCUCAAAAACUUGGUGACAUUAUGGAGAUGAUGUUUGGUGGCCGUUAUGUGAUUUUGAUGAUGGCAUUAUUCUCAAUUUACACUGGACUGAUCUACAAUGAAUUCUUCUCUGUCCCAUUUGAGAUGUUUGGUCGAUCUGCCUAUGCAUGUCGUGAUCUUUCAUGCAGGGAUGCUACUACAGAAGGCUUGGUUAAAGUGAGAGAAGCCUACCCAUUUGGUGUGGAUCCCAAAUGGCAUGGCAGCAGAAGUGAGUUACCAUUCCUUAACUCGUUGAAGAUGAAGAUGUCUAUCCUUCUUGGAGUCGCACAAAUGAACCUUGGCAUUAUUUUGAGUUAUUUCAAUGCAAAGUUCUUCAGUAACAGUAUCAAUACCUGGUAUCAGUUCAUUCCGCAGUUGAUCUUUUUGAACAGUUUGUUCGGAUACCUUUCACUCCUCAUAAUUGUAAAAUGGUGUACUGGAUCACAAGCAGAUCUGUACCAUGUAAUGAUAUACAUGUUUCUUAGUCCAACUGAUGAUUUAGGUGAGAACCAGCUAUUUCCUGGUCAGAAAACACUUCAGCUUGUGUUGCUCCUUCUGGCCCUUAUUUCAGUUCCCUGGAUGCUAUUUCCAAAGCCCAUUCUUUUGAGGAAGCAACACAAUGAGAGACACCAAGGUCAAUCAUACACCAUGCUCCAUAACACCGAAGAGUCACUAGAGAUUGAGGAAGAUCAUGAUUCACAUGACCAUGAGGAGUUUGAGUUCAGUGAAGUUUUUGUCCACCAACUGAUACACACUAUAGAAUUUGUCCUUGGAGCAGUCUCGAAUACUGCAUCAUAUCUUCGUCUAUGGGCCCUCAGUCUUGCCCAUUCAGAACUGUCUAGUGUGUUCUACGAGAAGGUUCUUCUUCUUGCUUGGGGAUUCAACAAUAUCGCCAUUCUCAUCAUUGGCAUCGUCGUGUUCGUCUGUGCUACCAUCGGUGUUCUACUUGUGAUGGAAACAUUAAGUGCAUUCUUGCACGCAUUGAGGCUUCACUGGGUGGAGUUCCAGAACAAGUUCUACGAGGGAGAUGGAUACAAGUUCGCCCCAUUCUCAUUCGCACUGCUUACCGAUGAGGAAGAUUGAAAAGAGUGGUUUUGAUCUUGUUGCUUAAUAUGUAGAUUUCUGCUGGAAUUUAGCAAUUCUUGUUCUUCUGUCUUGCUCGGGAGACAAAUGUAAAACCGUGAUGUGUUCUCGUUCCACGAGCGUAUCAUAACGACAGAUGGGUCGUAGUUUCCUUGCAUUAUGAUAUGAUCGCGACGAAACCAUUUAUUUCUUGAUAAAUAAUUAAUUGAAAACAUCAGAUGAUGUAACGUUUCCCUAUCCA